AUGAGCAUCAUUGCAGUCGCCGGAGGGACAGGCGCUAUGGGCCGCACUAUCGUGGAGGCCAUUAUCCGGGACGGAACUUACAACGUAGUGAUUCUCGCAAGAACAGCCAACCCCGAGAAAGAAGCUGAAAUUGGCGCCCGUAUUCUUUCCGUUGACUACUCGGAUAUCAACCAGCUCCGUAGUACACUGGAGACUUUUUCAAUUAGCACCGUUAUCUCAACGCUCAAUUCGUCUCUUGGCAUAGAGUCUGAGCUCAAUCUCAUUCAAGCCGCGAGCAAGUCGGCCGUGACGAGGCGAUAUGUCGCAAAUGUGUGGGGGAUUACUUAUACUCCAGAGGAGUCGAAGGUGUUCCCCGCUGCAGAAGGCAAAGUACUUGCCGUGCAAGCUCUCGAGGGUUCCUCACUCGAAUGGACCUGCUUCCUCAAUGGAUUUCUCUCCGACUACUUCGUUAUGCCUCGAGGGGAGUCGCAUAUGACGCCUCUAGUGGUUCUGGUUGACAUGAUGCACAACACGGCUAGCGUUCCAGGCUCUGGGUCAGUCCCUGUUGUUUUAACGUACAGCUUCGACAUUGCAAAGUUUGUUGUCAAAGCUCUGGGCCUAGAUCACUGGGAGAAGGAGAUGUACGUCAUUGGGGAUAGGUUGACUCUGAAUGAGGUCGUGGCCUUGGCAGAAAAGAUCAAGGGAGCCAAGUUCAGCGUUACGCACGACUCGAUGGAGGAUUUGCAAGCCGGGAAAGUCAGUGAACUUCCGGCACACAAGGAUUACUACGCUUAUUUCCCUAAGGAUCAAUUACAAGGUCUUCUGGCUUUCUUUGGCAUUAUGUGGGAAUCGGGCAAGUGCAAUCUCAAGCCUGCUGGCACACUCAACCAGAGGUUUCCCGAGAUAGAGACAGCUACUGUUGAGUCUUUAUUGCAGUCAGCUUGGGGACAAGAUUAA